AUGAAAACUCAACUUGUCUUUUGCUCUGCUAUUGCUGUAUUGUUCUUCCUUUGUCAAUUCACAUUGGCGAUCGAUGUGAAUACUUCACUCUAUCCAAAACUUGCUGUCUGUAAAAGAAAAAUUGAAAUUGUGAGAGAAUUGCAAACCAUUCGUUUUGUUACAAAGGCAGGCUGCAUUGAUAGAAGAAACGCUACUGCUAUUGGCGCUUUUGCUGAUCUUGAAUUCUUUGCUUCUAUCGCUAAAUUUCCAAUGCUUGGUAUGAAUGCCAAGACAGUUGUCACUCCUCCACAAAGUGGUAAACCCAUCACUGUAGUGGUUGGUAAUGCUUUUGGAUUUGAUGAAGUUAUUGAAUACAGGGAAACAAAUGGAAAGGAAGGUUUCCAACCUGGUAAUGACACUCUGGUGAGAAGUGUACGUUUGGGACAAGUGAAUUGGAAGGUCGAUUCAUUGACAAGAACUCCAUUGAAUGAUGCCAACACCUCCUAUGUCUAUCAAGCAGUUGUUUCUGCCACAGUCCCAAACUUUUGUUCCAUCAAGAUUUCUGCAAUGGUUACUUCAGAUGCAGUGACUUUCACUUCACCGAAAAUGGUCAACAGAACUGGAGUGGUUCAAGUGUUGAAUCCAUCCACUUUGAAGGUCUCCAUGGAAGUCAAUGGAAUUACCUACACUGCAGAUGAUUCAUUGGUUGCUUUUGGCACCAUUGUUGCUUUCAGAGGUAAUCGAAGAGAUAAACCAAUUCAACCAUCCAAUGAGGAAAAGCCAGACGAUGCCACCGAUGAUCAAACUGUGAAUCAAUUUGAUGAUGAUGUCAGCUCACAAUUGGGUGGAAACAACGUUGCGUCUGUUCCAAGAGGUUUCUUCUCAUUCCAAAAUUUCAUUUCUCGUUGGAACACUUCUGCUCCAACAGUUAUCACAAGAGGUAAAUUUGUGCAAUCUCCAAUGGUUCCAUUCCAACCAAGUCAAGAUGGUGAAUCAACUUUGAGAGAUCGAGUGGAUAGCAAUGCUGCUUUGGUUAGAUUUUAUAUGGCUAUCACUGAACGUGUUGAUUCCUUUGUUUGGGAUCCUAGCACUGGUUCGUCUGAAGACUCUUCUUAUUUGAGUAAUAGUGCUGCAAGAAAUGGAGCAACUGGUUUCGUUGCAUCAUUGAUUGUUGCUUUGGUUGCCUUGAUUGCAUUCUUGUUUUAA